AUGGAUAAACGGAUUUUCCGCUCCGAGAUCGCCGACAAAGGACUGUCCCGCCGUCGGACACAAAAGGAAUGCACUAACGCGGCGGAAUCCAAGCCGUGGGCUAUGCUCAUCCCGGUCCCUAAAAGCUCUCGUGGUGACACCUCCCCCCCCACCCACUUGUACCACACGCCUCCAUCUCGCUCUCUCAGCGGCGGCACUCUUCCAUUAACGACACUGCGACAGCCCCAUCCUCGACUCGCCAGCGCUCCACACUCGCCUCUAGCGCCGAGCUCAAGCCGCCCUAAAUCGAGCGACGCAUUAGAGGACAAUCGAAAGGCAAACAAGACACGUGCGCCUUAUUCGCUACGCCGUAGAGUCGAGAAUGCGGCCGAGCGGGCGACGCUG